AUGUUAUUGGUAUAUAUUUUGUGAUGUUCAGUGAAGUGAUGAUGAGUUUAGCCAAGGUGAUGUUAGUACUUAUAUUAUUCCUGAUGGCCUUUGCCCAGGCUUUUGGUGCAGUUAUAGCACAAGUGCCUGGAUUUCGAGACAAUGAUGUCUUUCCAUUGACAGUGUUAGCUAUGACUCUUGGUGAGAUCAAUUUUGUGGACGUUUAUGUGGAACAAGACAACUCACCUUUCACUGCGGAUGCUUAUAUCAUAGUGACAAUGUUUAUGAUUGUUAUGCCAAUAGCACUUAUGAAUUUAUUGAUUGGUGUGGCAGUUGGUGACAUUGACAAGAUUCAGAAACAGGCAUACAUCAAACGUAUAGGGUUGCAGUCUGAACAAGUGAAUGACAGUGAGAACAGGUUUCCAAAGACCUUACAGCGUCGUGUUUAUCAGAGGUUCUUUCACAUCAAACCUAAUGAAGAGAAGAAUACACGCUGGGCAAGGUUCAAAUAUUACAUGUUUGGGAUCACUACAUCUGUAGAAUUUAUUGCCCAGUCAGAGAAAGACUUUACAGUAGAGACACUACAGGAAAUACAGAGAAAUGUCUACAAAAAUAAAACACAGUUGAGCCAGAUGCAGCACAAUAUGAGAUUACAACAAGAUUUACUGAGGAAUCUGUGUGACCAUUUCCAUAUAGAGAUCAAAAAUGACCAGUAUGAUAAUAUCUCCAUAGUCAGUGACAGGACAGAGUUCCCAAACAGAUUUGACUUUGUCUAGUCACCACUGUACUUCUUAUAUUUAAAUGUACAGUGAUUUCUACUGUAGAUAUUUAGUACACCAGAGUAGACUGAAACACUAGAAAAGACCAUGUAAAAGCCUGUUACACUGGUGUGCACUUCAAAUACUUUACAUGCAAACACCAGUGACAUGUGUAAGCCAACCUUUCUUCAUUGACAAGUAAUCCAGGCAUUGAAAAAGAUGUUUAAAUAUGCAUCAGCUAAAAUUUGGAAUAAAUACAAAAACAUUUUAUUUACAAACAGUUUCGUAUGAGUUCUACUGAGUCUGUGUAAUGGAAAAUAAAAUAGAAUUAUUAUAGUAGUAGCUUGAUCUGGGAUGCUGUAAUUGGCUCCAGAUCAAGCUGCUAUUGUAAUGACCCUUUAUUAAUACCUCCACUUUUAUGGGGUUUUUUUAUUGUUAUUGAAGAAAAUCUUAAUUAAUUGUCAAUUGUAAAACAGAAAUGCACUUUUCAUACAACUGUGUCAGGUUGUGCAUUUUAACCCUUACCUUGCUAAAUUACUAUAAUGAACUCGUCCAUCUUUCUAUUUGGACAGUACCAUUAACUGUAAAAAGGCGUGCAUACCAAAAAGAUAUUGACUGAAUGGCGAAUAGUAUGGACUAUGAUCAGACGGCACGGAUGUGCAGGCUGAUCUUGGUCUGCACUGGUGGUAAAUGCAGAGUUGCUGCCAGCAGGCUAAGGGUUAAAUAAAAGUAGCCUGGCAACGUACAAUACAAAAGAUGUAAUACAGAGAUUUUUUCUGCAUGUUCAUAUUGUAAAAUACAAGCUGUAUUUUU